CAAAUUUAAUUUAAAUUUAUUAAAAUAAUAAUCAAUUAGUUCCACAUGCCAUAAGCAGUGCUAUCACAAUGUUGAUUGUGAACUACGCUACUAAAACUAAAAGAAAAUUAUAAAGGUUAGGUUAACCACUUAAUAAAUAAGUAUUUACUUUAAGUUAAGUAUCCCUCUAAAUAAGAAAUCAUGAUGAGAAUACUAAACAGAAAACAUCCAUUAAAAUAUUUCCGCUUGGUGUGCAAUACAAAGUCGAAUCACAUUUUAUUUCCAAAUGCAGUAUGUUACUUUGCCACCACAAUUGAUAUUGACAGUUUCACAUACGAUUUCCUUGAGCGAUAUAAAUCAAAACAGAGAAACAGCAUCACAGAUAUAAACAGUUUCUCUAUACGCCGUUUUAUGGAUCAUGGGAGUAAUGUGAUGGACAUAAAGAAUAUGACCGAGCAGGUAUUGCAUGAAUUCGUUAUGAAGUUACUCACAAGAAAUAAAGACAGUCAAAUAGGAAGAUUAAUAAUAUACUGCCGUGAUAAUCGUAAGCUUCUCGGUGAUAACUGUGUUAAGAGAUUGUUAAGACAUUACAGCUUGGCCGGCAAGCCAGAAAUGAUAAUAAACUUACAGCAUUAUUGUUUAAAAGUAGACCCAAAUACGUACCGAAGGAGUGGAAAGUUUAUGCACUUCCUAGCGAAAGCUCAGUGCUUCAAAGGGAAUUCUGAAAAAGGUUUAUCUAUACUUACUGAAAGUUACGAAAAUAAUGUAAGCAUGCGUAGCUUUUAUAGAAUUAUAUUUAGAGAAUUAAUACAAGAUGCUGUAUUGAACAAAUCAGAGGCCUCAAUGGUUAUAUUUAAGAAGUAUGCACUAAAUUUUAGUGAAGUUUGGAACGAUCACUAUCCUUUGAUAUGUUUCUGGCAUUUGUGUUGGUCAAGCAGUUGGUUCUCGGACCAAGUCCUAGCCGAUGAGUUAUUGGAAACAAGUGAAGCUUUAAGAGAUAUAGUGAGAGACAAAGCAACAGCAUUCAGCAUAACAGCCCUUAAAGAAGAUUACAAUGAAGAUGCAGUCACAAGAUUAUUGCAAGCACUUCUCAAAUACAAAUUUAUGACUGAAUAUGUGAAAGUGCUUCAAGUACUUUUCAAUUUUAAGUUGAGAAUCCGAGAUAUACGUGGUUGCACAGAAAUCAUGAGAAAUUGCGAGGUACUCGGUCUUGCUCUGCCAUCAGACCAGCAAGGGAGGUACAUAAAGAUGUUAAUACACGGCGAGUCUGGCAAACAGACAGCCAAACCUACCGACGAAACCACUAAGAACUUCAAACUUAAGUUUUAAAAGCUUACCUUAUUACCACAAAAAAGUUAAAAAAUGUCGUACAGAAUUUGCCCAAACAAAGUUUUUAACCGUGUCUAAGUUUUUUGUAGUAAGACCGUUAAUUUUUUUAUCAUUGUUUUAUUAAUAACCUAGCAACGUAACAGAGUGAAAUAUAUUUUUAUCACAG